AUGAAUGCGGAUGGAUGGACGCGUGCAAGUGUACGUGCGAGCGAGCAGCGAGCAACAAGCGUGAAGAGGGUCCUUGGACUCUCGAAACCAGAUCCACGCACCUCGCCAGUGUCCUUGUGCUUGAAGUUGAGAGUGCACAUCCAGGUCCUUCACAAGAGCAGACGAGCCUGGGAACGUGAAUUCACGCAGUUGCGCCACAGCUCAAGAAUGCGCGUUCGGGUCCUCUGCUCUCGUGCCUGUAUGCGUCGCAUCAUUAAAGUCGCGUCGAACCCACAUUUUCCAUUCACGAUUGACGAGGCGCGUCGGAUUCACGAUUGGGCCACAUCUCUUCAAGUGUCCAUGGCGUUGAUGGUUGUCCCGAUGUCGAUGAUGGCACUCCUCUCGAUCCCGAUCAGGCCGUUUUACCUACCUCCCAACGUCGUUGAGACCUGCCGCAUGUUCCAGUCGCUUUAA